AUGUCGCCUCCGAAACAUGAAACGGCAUCAUUCAAAGUCGUCGCUGAUGUCGGCAGAGACGGCACGACGGCGCUGGCGGCGUCAUACAACGACCGCAUCCGCCCCCUCCUUGACGCCGUCGAUUGCCUGCGGCACCUCAAGGUGACGCAGGAGGGCAUCCAGCUGCCCACCAUCGUCGUCGUCGGCGACCAGUCCAGCGGCAAGUCUUCCGUCCUCGAGUCCCUCGCCGGCAUCAGCCUCCCCCGCGGCCAGGGCAUCUGCACCCGCGUCCCCCUCGUCAUGCGCCUCCAGCACGACCCCGCCGCUGCCGUGCCUCUCAUUCAGCUUCAGUACUACAACCAAGAAAAAAAGCUCGUCACUGUCGACACCACCGAAGCCGGCGUCACCGCCGCGAUCCGGUCGGCAACCGACGUGAUUGCCGGCAGCGGCAAGGGCAUUUUGAACACCCCUCUCACACUCGUCGUGAGAAAGCGCGGCGUCCCCGACCUCACCAUGGUCGACCUGCCGGGAAUUACAAGAGUCCCCGUCCACGGCCAGCCGGAGAACAUCUACGAGCAGAUCUCCGACAUCAUCACGGAGUACAUAACGCCGAAGGAGAGCAUAAUUCUGAACGUGCUGUCGGCCACCGUCGACUUCCCGACCUGCGAGUCGAUCCGGAUGUCGCAGCGGGUGGACCCCACCGGCGAGCGCACCCUGGCGGUGGUCACGAAGGUCGACAAGGCCCCCGAGGGCCUCCUUGAGAAGGUCACCGCCGACGACGUCAACAUCGGCCUCGGUUACGUCUGCGUCCGCAACCGCGUUGGCGACGAGACCUACGAGCAGGCGCGCAAGGAGGAGGCGCGGCUGUUCGGCUCCCACCCGCUGCUGUCGAAGAUCGACAAGUCGAUCGUCGGCGUGCCCGUGCUCGCGCAGCGGCUGACGCAGAUCCAGGCGUCGAUUGUCACCCGGUGCCUGCCGGAGAUCGUCGAGAAGAUCAACGACAAGCUCCGCAAGUACACGUCGGAGCUCGACGACAUGCCGCGGAACCUCUCUACCGCGGCCGACGCCGUGCGAGUACUUUUCCACAUCCUCAAGCAAGCGCGAGAGACGCUCGAGAAGAUACUCGUCCGCGGGGACUUCGACGACUUCCCCGACGACCGCAGACUUCACGGCACGGCCCGCGUCGCCGAGAUGCUCCACAAGUACGCCGCCAAGCUCCCCGCAAUGUAUCCGACGGUCGCUAACGAGCUGUUCUUAAUGGAGGAGGUGCAAGUGCUCGAGGAGACGAAGGGCAUCCGGCUCCCGAACUUCCCCCUCCGGUCGGCGUUCCUAACGAUCCUCAGACGAAAGAUCAACAUUGUCUCUCCGCUGCCGCACGAGUUCGUCGCGGAGGUGUGGGCGUACGUCGAGAUCGUUGCGACGGAAGUGCUGCUGAAGCGCUGCGAGAACUACCCGCAGUUGCAUUCGGCGGCGCGGAGAGCGAUGCAGAGCCUGAUGGAGAAGACGCGGGGCCGGUCGGCUGAGUUCGUCGGCGAGAUGAUCGAGAUGGAGCUGGCGGCGGACUACACGUCGAAUCCGGAUUACGUGAAGUCCUGCUGCGAGAUGGAGCAGCAGCUGGACGUGUUUACGGAGGCCGUCAAGGACACGAGGAAGCCGCCGAAGGUGAACGUGAGGGGGGAGGUCGGAGAGGUGGACGUCGCGCACCUCAGGCAGCACCGGGAGGUGGCGGAGCAGGCGUUCGAAAUGCAUGUGAGGCUGGCGGCGUACUGGCGGAGCGUCGUGCUGCGGAUUGUCGACGGGGCGGCGCUGCACGUCCAGCGCAGUAUCCGGCGGGUGGUGGAGAGGGAGCUGGAGGCCGAGGUGGUGCGUGAGGCUGUCGGGAGGGCGGCGGCGGGGAUCGAUCUGAUUGUCGAGGAGGGGCCAGCGACGGCAGCGAAGCGGGAAAGGCUCAAGAAGAGGAUCGAACUCCUCAGGCAGUCCAAGGACGUGGUGGCCAACAUCACGGAUCGCAUAGCCAUAGAUAUAUAG